AUGAUUGAAUUUGCUUUGGCAAUGUCACAAAUUCUUGAUGCUCUCAAUCGAGAUUCUUUUCAAAAUUUUGAAUUGAGAAUCGGAAUGAGUGUUGGACCAUUAGUUGCUGGAGUUAUUGGAGCACAAAAACCACAGUAUGAUAUUUGGGGAAAUACUGUAAAUUUGGCAAGUCGAAUGGAUACACAUGGCGAACCACGAAAAAUACAUAUAACAACUGAUAUGGGAAGAAUAUUACAAAAUGGUGGAUAUCGGGUGCAAAGUCGGGGAAAGAUUAAUGUGAAAGGGGUUAAAGAACCAAUGGAGACUUUUUUGAUUGAAGUUGAUUCAAAAAGGAAUUCUUCGGUUUCUGGAGAAGCACAACAACAUUUCAAUCCGAUUGCUUGA